CGCUUUAUCGCGCGGUCAUGCUGUUGAACAUUCAACCGCCAACGCCCUUGCCAUCAUGGCGACAACGCUUUAGAUGCUCAUCAGUCAGAUCGCACCAUGUCCAUCCUCGUGGACCCUGGCUUGUUGCGCGAAAUCACCGCGUUUCAGCUAGGUCGGCGAUGCGGUGACUGGACCGACGGAGACCUCGCCAUCCAACUCAGGCACUUGGACUUGAUUCGGUAUCGGAUCAAACACCUCUACUUUGAUGCGAUCGAUCCCUUGCUAACCACUGCAACCCUCGAUGUCCUGGUCUUGUUGUACGAGCACGGACAUAGGUGUUCCGUCCAAGCGUUUGACACGACUGCGGCCCGAGGCGGUCCCGUGUCGCUUUUGGAAUGGCUGGUGGCACAUGGGAGUGACAAAUGCACGCGUCGGGCGCUAGACGAUGCCGCUUCAAAUGGGCACCUCGACGUAGUGUUGUGGUUGCUGGAAUCCGAAAAAGUUGUCGUUGUCCAGGAUAUCGAAUCGGGCCACCCUAUCGAUUGGAGCCUCGCCAUCGACGGAGCGGCAGCUGGUGGCCAUCUCGCUGUGCUGCAGGCACUUGUCAACUGCAAGGACGGCCUCACCGCAACAACGGGGGCCAUGGAUAAGGCGGCCGCAAACGGGCACGUCGAAGUUCUCGAGUAUCUCCACACACAUCGAUCCGAAGGGUUUACGGCCAAAGCGGUUCACGCUGCAGCGUCCAACGGUCACUUGGCAGUCGUACAAUGGCUGAGCGCGAACACGACACCUCACCACAAGGAUAUGUGGGACAGUCGAGUCAUGGACGGAGCCGCCGCCGCGGGUCACUUGGAUGUUGUCAAAUGGCUCGAUGCCCACCGUCGGGAAUGGUGUUCUCCGAUGGCGAUGAGUUUAGCCGGUGCCCACGGGCAUGUCCACGUCAUGGAGUUCUUGCUGGCUCAUCGAAGAGAGCUGUGCACCUACGACGCCCUCGAUUGGGCUGCAAGUGUCGGUCAACUAGCGUCUGUGGUCUGGCUACAUGAACACUCAGCGAUGCUACGUUUGGAAGUGAGCGUUGUCGCCAUGGACGAAGCGGCGGGGCACAACUUUCUCGACGUCGUCGAAUUUCUUCAUUACCAUCGAACUGAAGGCUGCACGGCCACCGCAAUGGACAAUGCGGCGGCAAAUGGCCACUUAGCCAUGGUGCGUUGGCUUCACACGAACCGUAAAGAGGGUUGCACCGAGUGGGCCAUUUGUUUGGCUGCUCUUGGUGGACACUUGGAAGUGGUCCAGUUUCUGUGGACUUCUCGGCCAGAGUGCCAAGGAGUUGAUGCCCUAGACGCCGCUCGCUUGUACGCUGGCGAACGCUGCCGCGUGCGCACGUGGAUUGACGAACGAUUAAGUUCAUUGCGUUAAGCCCGAUGUGGUUGGGCUGCUUCUGUCGGGUGGCGGUGUGUGCAACAAUAACAGGCAUGAUAACGACGCCAUUCCGAGGACACAACUGAUUGUAGUAGUGACAUGCGUCGUGGGGCUGACGCGAAGUGGGGUCCUUGCAGUCUUUUCCGCCGCUUUGGUCAUACGUGCCGGCCAUCACGACAGCAGAAGUCGAAAAUGCCACCGAAGGGGUGGAGGACGACUAGUUUCAGUGUCCUCGACAGAUCCACGAUAUGGGUACGUAUUUGGCUCAUGGGUAGCAGUGAGAAGAGGACUUGUGCUAGCAGCGUUGUCGUUGCUGGGGGCGUUGGGAUGACGAUGAGCUGGGGACAGUACCCAGCUUUGCACGACGUUGCAGAUUCCAGUGCCAGCACCACCGAGAUUCAAGCACAUACAGCCCCGCUCCCCUCACCCCGCGCCACACGAGUUUUUGACCUUGAUUCAUUGCCCGUAUACCUGACAGUAGUGACAGCGUCGUCCGACGACGCGCCUGGACACUGCGAUACGACACCCUCCGCGUAAAACUGCAGACAGAAUUGCUCGAUUCUACAGUGC